ACCAUGGAGGAAGAUCACAUCAGCGGGCUCCCGGACGACUUGCUGGGCGAAAUCAUCUCCCUCCUCCCCACCAAGUCCGGCGCCCGCACGCAGCUCCUGUCCCGACGGUGGCGCCCCCUCUGGCGGCGCUCGGCUCCCCUCAACCUGAGUACCGCGACCAGUUCCUCGAUUAGCGAAGACCGCACCGCCGCCGCGGUCUCCAGGAUCCUCUCGGCCCACCCCGGCCCCGCACGCCGCGCCUCGCUCGGCUUCAUCUGCUUCAUCCCCGACAUGGACACCUGGUUCCGCUCCCCGUCCCUCGCCAACCUCCAGGAGCUCGAGUUCGCCUACAUGAUGCGUUGCCCCGGCGGCGGGGGCACGAUGCACCGGCUGCCGCCGUCCGCGCUCCUCCGCUUCGCGCCCACGCUCCGCGUCGCCCUGUUCCGCAGCUGUCAGUUCCCCGACCUGGCGGCGCCGCCGCUGCCGCCCAAUUUUCCGCGCCUCAAGCGGCUCGCCUUUCAUCGCCUCUCGGAUGACUCCCUCCGAACCCUGAUCUCCGCGUGCACCGUCCUGGAAACCCUUUCGCUGGGACGCGUCGCCUUUCAUCGCCUCUGCAUCUGCUCUCAAACUCUCAGGAGCAUCAGCGUCUAUGCUCCUAUGGACACCAAAUUAGGCAUCGUCACUUCUCGAGAGCUAGUCAUCGAGGACACCCCUUGCCUUGAGAGGCUGCUGCCAUUUUACCCGGACAGUACAACUGGUCCCUCGGCCAUCCAGGUGAUCUGGGCACCUAAGCUGAAGAUGUUGGGUUUGCUCUCCCAAGACAUAUCCGCACUUAACCUUGGAAGGACAGUUUUUCAGAAAAUGAUUGCCGUCAAGUUGAUGACCAAAAUGCUCACCGUGAAGACUUUGGCUCUUGACUCUGUUGGCCCUAAUUUGGAUGCGGUCGUUGACCUCCUCAGAUUUCCUUGCUUGGAUAAGCUCUAUGUCCUUUUGCAUAUACAGAAGGGUUUGAAUACUGUGCGGAGGAAUUAUGACUCCCUGGAUCCAGUUGAAUGCCUUGAGCUCCAUCUCAAAGAAGUGGUGUUGAAGAAUUACAGUGGUAAAAGGAGACCACAUAUUGACUUUGCGAGGUUUUUUAUUUUGAAUGCGAAAGUGCUAAAGGAAUUGGAGAUCGGAUUUCUUAACAAACAAACCGACAAAUGGGCGUGUUAUCAACGUAGGCGGCUGCAAGUGGAGAAUAGAGCUUCUCGAGAUGCACGAAUUGAACUAAAAAGCAAUUUGCCUACGAAAUUCACGCACAACAGGCAUAUCCAUGAUUUGUCAAUGGCUGAUCCCUUUGAAAAGUCAUUUGUCAAUAGGUAGAACUUGUGAAAUAAAAAUUUGGAGGAAAAAGCGGGCAAGCUUCCUUGAGAAUCUCUUUGAAGAUGCAAUUCGGAGGGGCAAAUAAGCAAGAUUAAGAUAUAUGUUAAUCAGAUAUUGCA